AUGCAGAUCCUCAUUCAUCCACGAUUACGGACGACACUCCCAAGAGCCCUUCGAAGGGAUUUCCAAGCCCAGGUAUGGGCGCGGCAUAAGUCACAGGCUCUUCGGCCCUCCAGACGUCAUGAAGCCGUGGCUCCUGCGCCCAAAGACCUUACGGCAGCAACAACUUCGCGCACAUCGUCACCCGCGGGCGCAGCCGCAGCCGCUAAACUGAGCGUGCGACGAGGACCCCCUGAGCGCAUCUUGGUGUAUUAUGGAGGAACCGGUCGGUCGAUGUUUCUGGGCAUACUGCGGGUUACAACAAUCCUUCUCUUCGGCGGAGCCUGCUUGAUCGUCGCACCGUCCUGUUAUGACGAUGAGAAUGCGUGGUACAUCACACCAUUAGUUGUCGCCGGUGGCGCAUUGCCCAUGCUCUUCGUCGCCUACACCUCGGCGCCCUACGUCAGCUUCAUUCACCUGGCACUUCCUGCGUUCGCACGAAAGUCGCGUGAAACGGCUCUGCACUUUGCGAAAGAUCUCCCACCGACAACCUCUCUGAUUUUGACAACAACGAGGUUCAACGCCAUUCCUCGUCAGACCGUCGUGCGUUUAGGAGAUUUGAUACCGGAUAAGAGUGCCUUGCGGCCCGUCACAUUUCGUACAUUGAAUCCUGCGCCACGGCCCUGGUGGAUGGGCAAGCCAGUCACGCAAUUCUUCGCCGCUGACAAGAGUCAGCCGGGCAGGCAAUCCACCGCAUUCUACCCGGAAUUGUGGCCUGGCAUUUACAAGCAAAUUCAAAGUCAAGCCAGUAGACCUCGCCGGUGA